AUGGUUAUCCCAACCGGUGAAUCCGAGAGAUUUUUCUACAACACCUUAUCUGACCAUUACUUAAGUCAAUUGAUCUUCGCUCCAACAAGAGAAACUAACGUUCUUGAUCUUAUCAUGACAAACAUUCCAGACAACGUUAACAACAUUGAAGUAAUUGAUCCAACCAAUUUCAAUUUGUUUUCCGACCACAAGUGCAUACUCUUUGAGUUUCAAAGUACAGCAACACCUUCCCACAAGCUCAAAAGAUCGGUUUACGAUUACAACCGUGCGGAUUUUGAAAAAAUGAACCGUACUUUUGAAUCGAUUGAAUUUGAAUUUAGCGAUCCCACAUCGAUGUCCGACAUUAACGAGAACUGGAAUUUAUGGAGAGACACUUUCCUUGCUGUAGCUGACGAAUGUAUUCCAACAAAGAUUGUAAAAGGAAGGUACAAUCCACCAUGGUUGACCGGUGAGAUAAAAUCUUUGAUCAAAAAGAAAGAAACACUACGGCGAAAAAUCCGUCGCGGAACAAAUUCUGCUGCACUUGUACAAAAAUACAAGAAUCUCCGCCGUACAUCUAAGAGAUUAAUCAAAGAAAGUCGGGAAAAGUUCUUUGGUUCCCUAAGCGAAGCUCUACCAUCCAAUCCGAAACUGUUCUGGUCAUUUUUUAAAACAACCACUAAAUCCAGCCAUAUUCCACAGCAAGUUUCCGUCGUGACAGGCAACGAAGACUCCCCACGCUUAGAUUCCACUAGUCAAAAACAAGCUGCAGAAAUGUUCAAUGACUACUUCCACUCAGUAUUUCUAACAGAAGGUGAUGAUAUUUCAAUCCCCACUACACCUGUAUGUGAAGAGACCAUUUCUGACAUUAUUUUAGACCCAAGUGAAGUAUAUGACGUUCUUCAUUGCCUCGAUCCUAGUAAAGCAUCUGGUCCAGAUAAUAUACCAAUCCGCUUACUAAAAGAAUGUGCGCACUCCAUCACACCAUCAUUAACAUGUCUCUUCAACAAAUCCUUAAAGCAGGCCUCCCUACCAUCAGAAUGGAAACUGUCCAACAUCAUCCCGCUUCAUAAAAAAGGAAUCAAGAGUUUUGUUGAGAAUUACAGACCAAUUUCCCUCAUGUGCGUUGUUGCGAAAGUUUUAGAACGUUGUGUUUACAACCGUCUGAUUGGUCAUAUAGAGAACAUGAUAUCCGUCGCACAGCAUGGUUUUCUGAGAGGAAAGUCUUGCACAGGUCAGCUCAUUUCCGUUCUUCACCGCAUCAGUCAAAACCUGGAUUCAGGGAAACAAACAGAUAUCUUGUAUUUCGAUGUUGCUAAAGCGUUCGAUACGGUGAAUCAUAGCCUUCUUUUAAAGAAACUCCAACGAUUUGGACUUAGGGACAAUAUUUUAACGUGGUUUAAAAGUUAUUUAUCCGGACGACAACAGCGUGUACUAGUCAAUGGUGAGAUUUCAGAGACACGUCCAGUUUCCUCCGGCGUUCCGCAAGGAUCAAUACUCGGACCACUCCUGUUUCUCAUCUACAUAAACGACCUUCCCGAAUCAAUAACCUCAUCCGCUGUUGACGUUUCCUUGUUUGCCGACGACACAAAAUGCAUCUCAGUUAUUGAAUCACCGGUUGACGCCUGUGUCCUUCAAGCUGAAGCGAGAAACGUGGAGAAAUGGGCUGAGUUUUGGAGGCUCAAAUUCAACGCCGAAAAAUGCAAAGUUCUGAGCGUUACGAGAAAACGUCAUCCUCUUGUUGCUGAAUACAUUGUCAACGGUAAAACUUUGCAGCAUGUUUCCUCCCAGAAAGACCUCGGAGUGACUGUUUGUUCAGAUCUCAGAUGGAACACUCAUAUUUACGAGCAAGUUACGAAAGCCAACCGCCUACUUGGUAUGCUGAAACGUUCGACUAUCAAAGUUAAAAACGUAAAUACCCGACGCUGUCUCUACCUUACACUUGUGAGAUCCCAUCUUGCUUAUGCCUCACAAGUGUGGUGUCCACAGACUAUCACCAUGUGUAUGGAGCUCGAACGCAUACAACGUAGAGCGACCAAAUUCGUACUGUCUUUACCAUUCCAAACAGACAUGCCAUAUAAAACAAGACUCGCUGCGUUGAAUAUGCUACCUCUCUGUUACUGGCACAAAUAUCUUGAUAUCCUGUUCCUCUUCAAAUGCAAAUAUGGCUUGGUUAAAACUGAUAUCCUACCCGAAGAAGUUGAUACUCUGACUUCAACCAUAAAUCUACGCUCUUCUAAUAACUCUCUUGUAAAAUAUAACAUUCCUAAAGUAAGAACGCUAUGUCACCAGAACAGUUAUCUUGUACGAGUAUCGCGUGUGUGGAACUGCCUACCAGAUGAGCUACGGAAACCAGAACUAUCAUUGCAGAGCUUUAAAUCACGUGUUAUAAACUAUUACCACUCCGCAACAUUAACCGUGUUUGACCAGGAAAAUCCGCAGACGUGGAAAUCAGUUUGUCUGAAAUGCCAUAAAGCCAGGCAGCUUACUGCAACAAUGAAAUGUUGUUCUUAAUUGAACUAGUUAUUUUGGCAAUUAUUCAAUGUAGUAGUAUACUUCAUUUUAUCCAAUGUAGAGUUGGGUUUUUCGCCAUUUUCGUCUUAUUUUAUCGACGGAUACAGAACCUAUACCGUAUACAUUCUCGCAUUUAUUCUGUUUGACAAUCUUGUCAUUUUGUUUUCCCAAAUUUCGAAAUUUUUACGCUCUCUCUCUACUUCGGAUAAAAAGGAUUAUACUAUAUUCUUGUUUGAUAUUUAAAUUAUAAGUUGUGAAGUUUUGUAUAAUGAUGUUUUGUAACAGGUCACUAACAUAAUUGGCUCACGCUGUGUUAGUGUUCCUGAACCGUCUUCCUGUUUGCAUAUGUAUAUUUCUGUUGACGGCUGAAGUUAAUAAAUCUAAAUCACAUUCAUACAACAAUAUUUGUAUUUCAUGACAAAAACUCUAUAGCGUAAAUGAGUUUCAAAUUUUAAAAACCUACUUAAAUGGUUUCAGCAGCAUAUCUUGUUGCCUGUUAUGUAUUUUUCUUCUCUUUUACAUUCUUUAUUUUGACACAAAGCCACAAAAACAGUAGUUUAAAUAGUAUAAAUUUGUGCCGCCAUUUUGUUUAUUUAUGUACGUAGCCGGUCGGGGCAGGCAACAAUUUUUCACUUAUUGCCCGGGCGGGAUACAUUGCAUUUAUCUAAAGCCAUGUGUGACUACAAAUCAGCCAAUCAGGUUUGGUGUUCACACUAGCUAUAUAACAACAGGUUUUAUUUUCAUUAGAAAUUUUUCCUAUUAUGUCAUUAUACUUGCUUAGAAAAGAAUUGGCAUUUUGAUUUGGUGGUCGAUAAAUUAUUCCAAUAAUGAUAUUUUUUAUACAAUGUGGUAUGCAAACUUCAAUAAAUAAGGAUUCCGCAACAUCAUCAUCAUCAAAAAUUAAAUCAGUACGUAUUUUAGAGGUAAAGCAAUCCGACAAGUACAAACCAACACCUCCACCAAUUUUAUUAACCCUGUGUUUUUUUGAUUUGGUGGUCGAUAAAUUAUUCCAAUAAUGAUAUUUUUUAUACAAUGUGGUAUGCAAACUUCAAUAAAUAAGGAUUCCGCAACAUCAUCAUCAUCAAAAAUUAAAUCAGUACGUAUUUUAGAGGUAAAGCAAUCCGACAAGUACAAACCAACACCUCCACCAAUUUUAUUAACCCUGUGUUUUUUUGAUUUGGUGGUCGAUAAAUUAUUCCAAUAAUGAUAUUUUUUAUACAAUGUGGUAUGCAAACUUCAAUAAAUAAGGAUUCCGCAACAUCAUCAUCAUCAAAAAUUAAAUCAGUACGUAUUUUAGAGGUAAAGCAAUCCGACAAGUACAAACCAACACCUCCACCAAUUUUAUUAACCCUGUGUUUUUUUGAUUUGGUGGUCGAUAAAUUAUUCCAAUAAUGAUAUUUUUUAUACAAUGUGGUAUGCAAACUUCAAUAAAUAAGGAUUCCGCAACAUCAUCAUCAUCAAAAAUUAAAUCAGUACGUAUUUUAGAGGUAAAGCAAUCCGACAAGUAAAAAACCAACACCUCCACCAAUUUUAUUAACCCUGUGUUUAUGAAAAAAAUUAUAUCCCUCAAUAUCAACAGAGUGUUCUGAGUUUUUUUUAGCCAAGUUUCAGUUAUCCCAAUUACUGAAAAUUCAAUAUUCAGAGUACUUAAUAAAUUUGUUAAAUUUGAUAAAUUACUUUCAAGACUGCAGAUGUUUAGGUGAAAUAAUGAAAAACUGGGAGCGCAGGAAAUCUGUGAAUUUAACAUUUUGUUAAACUGAUCUUCAACAAAAUAAUCGCAGUGGUUAAUGAAAUUAUCAUAAAAAUGUGAAUCUGGGUCCAGAUCAUUAGACAGAAGGGGCGAUGAUGGCUUGCACCUGAAAUCAAUGGAUUAUAAUUUAAACUGAUUAAUCUCUCAUGACUGAAAUUAAUAGGGCCGUUUUUUAACUCAAACAUUUCUAAGAAAAAUUCGGAGUCGUCAAGACCAUGAAAAGGCAAAGCAUUCAUUGGCAUUGAAGACUGCAUGAUAAAUAAAAUUAAUAUACAUUAAAUUAUUUAGAAUUACUUAGCUUGAUAGAGAGCUAGGGUGUAAAAUUUGCACUGAACAACUCAAACUCCUUCAUUGAUUUGAAUGAUACAUCAGCAUCAGUAUCAGUAUCAGUUUUCUUCACAUAGGACUAGUUCAGUAACUUCAGUUUAUCCGCUGGAUACUGUGAAUUUUUAUCCGCCGGGUAACGCUAUCCAAGCUUCGAACAAUUAACACGAUUUUUAUAUAAUUCUUUUAAAAAAUAAUUAUCAACUAGACAAGUACUAUUUAUAAUGAAUUAUGAUUUACUGUUUUGCACCUCACCUUUGUUGGCUUCAUCUUCAGCUGUUUGACUCAUUUUAUACAGCACAUAGACAGUCGAAUCACUAGAAUGGUAAAUUGUUCCCUCUGUUGGGGAUUGCCUCCCUUGUUUCACCCAACACUUCACAAUAAUCACAAGUUAAUAAAUAUAAAAAAAAAUAGAAUUUAUUACAGUCACAAUCUCUCAUUACACGGUCACAUUCUCACAGAGUUACAAGACUGACUGUUCGUGCUUAUAUAUGCUAAGUUAAAGUUAUUUUCGUAAAAUACGUAAUCUAUAAAUGUCAUAAUGAUCUAAUUGUAGCAUGCAGGUUUCAAGCAUGAUUAAGCAAGCGUGACACAAUUAUGACUAAACAAAUAUUUAUGGAAUGUUCAGAAACUUCCGUAUUCGAGACUUGCACUUGACGGAUUGAUUACGCAUGACCGCAAAUUGGUUACAUACCCAAUAUAUAUAUACGCAAGGUGCAACUUAUCAUGUUACAAACAUGAUUUACGUAUUGAUUGAUGAUUGAUAAGGACAGCUAAAAUUAGUUGAGAAGUUUAUUUUACACCUUUUAAGCAGUUUGUCCAUCAGCAUCAGCACUUGAACUUUUAUAUCACGUACCCUACUACUUAUUUCUUCACACACACCUUGGGAAUUGAGUGUGUGCGUAUCAAUUUUUUUGCGCAAAAAGUUUAAAAAAAUGGGUGUGGUAAAAAAAAUGCGUGCAGAAGAAUAAAGAAUGAAGUCUGGUGCCUUGGUUCCGAUAUGCUGGAUUUCUACUACUCGCUUUUGCAGCGCAUUGUCGUUCCAUCAAGGCUGGAAAAAGUCGGCAAAAGAGAUCCUUUCUCUUACGAUUUCCAAAACAACCUGAUGCCUGCUAGCUGUACCUACCUUGCUUAUGUGUUUAUCAGCAAUGCUGAAUGGUUGAAAAUCCCAAAGAAUGAUCUGGAUGAAGUUAAACAGAAAUGCCUAACAUUUCUGGUAGAGGCAACAAAACAAGUGCAGACAAGACACUCGGAGAGUGUUUCCGUCUUUCGAGACAUGGCGAGUAUCUCACCAGAAAAAGACUUAAGUCCAAGAUCUUACUUCACUGGCAUCUCAUUUUCCAAACAUCACUAA